AUGUACACCAAAAAACAUGCUGAGAUGAAAAAUUGCUCUAAAUAUCCACAUGGUAUUCAGGGUCAUUUCUCCAAUGUUGCCUGCCAUAUUGUCCGCGCCUUUAAGAACAAAAAAUUCUUGACGACAACAGAGGCAGCAAGACAACUGUGCAGUGAGGGAUUCACUCUACAGCCUCCAGCAAUAAGAACAUUGUUAAAGGCAUCUGGCUUCACCUGUGAACAGGAGCAACCUCUGAAGGUGAAAUCAAACCCCGCUAUUCAUAAGAAGCACGUGGCAUUUGCCAGAAACUACAUCAAUUAUACAAGGUGGAAGUGGAGACUUAAGAAGACAGUCACCAAAAAAACUAAGAAUGGUUUUCCACCUGUCCGUGCUGGAGGACACAUCAUGCAGGGCCUUCUGGAAACAUUGGAGGAGCAAAAUCUGAGCAAGUCAGAAAUCGAGUUUUUGCACAAUAAUACAAAAUCCCACACAGCAGCCAAUACAAAGAAGUAG